AUGGCGACAGCAACGGACUCGCCCGCGCCAGUGCCGGAGACAUUUGAUACCCUCUUCACACCCCGCGCAGACGGCCAACGGAGGAGCUACGACUCCCUCCAUCUCACGGAAGAACAAUGCAAGGCCAUACUCUCCCACCCGUUCGCACAGGAGGUCUUCGGCCACGCUGAACAAGAUGCAGACACACCGUCUGUGCUCCGGGGUGAAGAACUAUUCACACAGCUGAUAUCACGCCGUAUAUCAGCCGUCUUAUCCACGGCGUCAGCGGAGGAGUGCCGCGACCAGCACAGAUCAAAAUUGAUACAUAUCGGCUACGCGGCGCUGGAUUCAUUCCUACAAGCGAACGUCACUGGGCCGCCGCUCUCGUUUGGUGCGGAAGUGGUUUUCCCUUCAACAGUGCGAGAGUCUCACGGUACGUUGCGCGCGGUGCGCGAUAGUCUGAUCCGGGAUCUAUCCGUCAACGGCGAGGCGGUGUACAAGCUCAUUCCGAACGUGGAACUAUUUGCCGUUGCCAGGGCGAUUCUUACACAUGAAGAGGUGGUGAAGCAGGGAGGAGAAAGCAUCCUUGGUCUAACGGGUAGAAUGCGUGUGAAUUUCCUCCAUCAGAAGAUGUUGAAUGAGAGUGCCGAUUCGCUUCAGGCAGUUAUAUACGAGGACCUCGAUGCUAUUGGUACCUAUGUCUUAUCCGAUGACAAGUCUAGCCUUACGAAGGAGGGGCGGACGGAAAAAGUGCGGUUCAUGCUUGAGCGUGCCGUUAUACACACACAUCACGGCCACGAUAGUAAGGCAAGAGCAGACCUUUUCCAGGCCGCUGCUACGAACGGUUUCGAGUUUGCUUUGACGGGCAAGUUAGGGAGGCGGACAAAGUUCCAAGACAGAGAUAUCAGCCAGCUUGUUGUCGUCGCAAAAAGUGCGGAAGAUAACGCAACCGAACAACAGGAGAAAGAUAAGGACUCAGAUCCGAAGAAUCUUAAUCUCAAUGACGACACCUUGCUGGAGUCUAUUGCGUUUAAAAAGGAUCAAGAUCAAGAUAGACUCAAGCAGGCGUCUGUGUCGGUACAGGAUGGGUCGUCUCUGCCUGCCAGUCUGGCAAACAUCGAUGCUUCAGAUCAGCCUCGUCUGAAUCCGCUGGACUCCAUCAUGUUGCUGUCCCUUGCAUCGGCUAUCACGAACACAUCUCCUGAAGAUGGCUUGACCCGCGAAGAGACCAUUCCUUACGCCGUGCGUGUUCUUGAAGGCGGUAGCUCAAACUGGCAGGUCUAUUCGCAGGCUCUUCUCGUCCGCAGUAGGAUUGAAGGGUACCGUUCACGAACUGUCGAGCGCUCAGUCCUGCAACUUCAAGCUCUAGUCGAUCAAGUUAUUGCAGACACCGCGAGUGACACCCCUACCCCAGCCACCGCGGAAGGGGAGAAUGCAGCCAGCGAGGAGCAGCAGCAGCCGACGACCUUCUUGCCUCGACCGGAGGCAUCUGAAUCAGCCCCAGCGGCCGAAAGGUUGAAGUACAUCUGGCUCCUCAACUUUUCUACAAGAUGGCAUCUAGAGUCUGAACUGGCGCAGCGAUGGGUCAGUCUAGGCGCUUUGCGCACUGCUCUGGAUAUCUACGAGCGACUCCAGAUGUGGGCAGAGGCAGCCCUCUGCUAUGCCGCGACCGAUCGAGAAGAAACAGCUAAGCUGAUGGUCAGAAAACAACUCUACCAACGCACCAAGCCUGCCACAGGCACAAAUGCAGAUGACAACGACACCAUGCAGGGACCUGAGCUGUCCCCACUGCCGUCAGACGCACCACGGCUUUUCUGCAUAUUAGGAGACAUCGACCACGACGCAGCGAUGUAUGAACGGGCCUGGACCGUAUCCAAUAAACGCUAUGCACGCGCUCAGCGAUCCCUCGCCAGGCUGUACAUGCAGGAAAAGCCACCAAACUUUGUCAAAGCAGAGCAGGCAUAUAAGCUCAGCCUGGCGGUGAAUAGACUCAAUCACGCCUCGUGGUUUGCCAUGGGCUGUACACAGCUUGAGUUGGAGAAGUGGGAGGAUGCCAUCGACUCGUUCACGCGUACUGUCCAGCUAGAAGAGACUGAUGCUGAGGCCUGGAGUAACCUUGCGGUAGCCUUGCUGAAUGCUCCGCCCCGGAGCACAACGGUUCUACAAGAUAUUCCUCAGCCGAAGGCACUUGAUGAUGAAGAGGAACAGGAGAAUGGCAAUAUCGAGGAGGGAAAGAUUGACAAAUACAAGCAGAAACGGGAUGCUCUGGCCGCUCUUCACCGAGCAGCUAGAUUCAAGCACGCUGACCACCGGAUCUGGGAUAAUAUCCUUACCGUGGGCGCUUCGAUUCCUCCUCCCAGCACUCCCUUCCGUGACGUCCUGCUCGCGCAAACACGUAUAAUAGAAAUUCGUGGCGAUAAGGACGGUGAGAAAUGCGUUGACAUUCCCGUCCUUACAGCCCUGAUAAAAACCCUAACGACGCCCCGUGAAGGGAGCAGUAUAUCCAUCAGUUAUGAUCCAUCUGCCAUCCGGCCUGGCUCAAUACAUGCCAGAUUACUCCGGCUGUUUGAUGAUAAAAUAAUACCGUUAAUCACACACUCGCCUGAACUAUGGCUACUCGUUGCGGAAUUGGAGAAAUGGCGAGGACGCCCUUCGCAAGCUCUCGCCGCACAUGAAAAGGCAUGGCGUGCCACCAUUGCCUCAUGUUCGCAGGGAGCAUACCAGAUGGGUGAAGAGCCUAAAUGGAACGAAAUAGUCAAGGCCACCGAGACGCUCGUUAGGAAAGGCUAUGCCGUUUACGGUGGGAUGGACAAGGAGGCUGAAGACGGCACGAAGCAAGGCGAAGACAGCGGAGAGCUGGUUGCUAGGGAUUGGAGGUUCAAGUCCCGAAGUGCCGUUAGAGGAAUCCUUGGUAAGGGAAAGCAAUUUUGGGAUGGAAACGAAGGUUGGAUGAGACUUGAUGCCUUGUUGAAGGAAGUCAGUGGCUCUUAA